AUGUCGACCGGUAAACGACUCGCAAAGCGCUCUAUCAUUGGAACCCGAGUAGCUGCGCUCGGUGAUGAUGGACUGUACUAUUCGGGAAUGAUUCAGGCAGUGAAAACGCCAGCACCCUUCCCUGAAAACAAUAACUGUAUCAACUUGACUCCCAACACUAGAUAUACUGUACGCUUUGAUGGUGGAAAACUAACCAGAGAAUAUAGAGAUGCGGAGCUCAUUGGUCCUGGGUUCCGAGGCUUGACUGGCGUCCGUCUCAAGCCUGGCCAACGCGUCUUCCUCACAUACAAUGGACGUGAAGUCCGCGCUGAUGUACUGGAACACAAUCAUGAUAAUGAUGAACUCCGCGUUCAGGUGCAUGCACCUGCGGCUGAGGUGCCAAUAGAGCUUAGAAAGAGAUUGGAGGAAAUAAGACUAUUGGAGUCGCGUAAAUCAGCAAGGUUAGCUGAUGUCGACACCGAUUUCGCAAGACUUGCAGACAUGGCUGGAGACAGACGCCGCGCCUCUGCAACCAUCGAAGUCCCAGCACAUCAUAUGCAAGUAUCUCGCAAACGCGGACCAAGCAGCUCCUACGACUUGGGCUACGGCGAGCGCGAUGAUCAAAUGAACGAAUGCAACGCGGCUCUCGUGCUUAUGUCCUUAAGCUGCUCUCCAAAUUCACCUAGGCCAAGUGCGUGGGGAGGCCGCUCUUCAGUCUCUCCUGGUGCAAGCAGCAGCUCGGGAUCCUCGUGGCGUUCUGGCACCCCUUCCCCACCGCCAGUUUCAUCCUCCUUCAGCGAUGAAGGCAUUGCCAUGGAUUAUGAAGAUCACCAUCCACGUAAGAGGAGGGUUAACAGCGUUGUGUUCGAAUGUACUUGGAGAGGCUGUGGUUACAUCACAAAUACCUGCUUCUCGAUUGAAGCUCAUAUCAGACAAACACAUUUAGGACCGAAGAAAGAAGGAGAAAGUGAUCAUGAAGAAGAAUUCUACUAUACUGAGCGGGAAGUGUCAGUUCCUGCGCCACCGCCAACACUGUCCCACCGUGAUAUGUGCCGUCCGCCGCAUGAGGAUCCUGAUUAUCAACGUCAAAUUGUAGGAUCUUAUAGACAAGGACUCUUAUCAACUAUGCAAAAUAUUUCAGCAAGGUCCAUUAGCAUUCCCGUAACACAUUCCUGGUCUAACUCUCACUCACCGAAACACAUGAAGAUUUCAGGAACAAGUGGAUCACCGGGUAGCCCUGGCCGUAGACCACGUUCGGACAACAAAAAGUGUCGGAAAGUAUACGGAAUGGACCAACGGGAUCAGUGGUGCACCCAGUGCAAGUGGAAAAAGGCGUGUACGAGGUUCGGCGAUUAGCGGUCCCGCUCUACCUUUCCAAACUGUGUUGUGCUGUACGUAAAGUAACCAUUCUACUGCUGUGUGGCUGUAGGUACCAUGGAUACUUCGCUACUUGAGAGAAUCGUUAGUCGAUUGUAGACACAAAGUAUUCCCGUGCGAAUAAAUUCCGUGUACGAUAAGAUUGGGCGUAAAGAAAAUAAUAAUAUAUUACUGAUGAAUUAUUUUAAGAUAUACAUAUGCGGAGUAAUGUAAUUAUAAUAAUAUUUUUAAAUAUCAACGGAGACAUAUUUUUUUCUCUUCAAAUGUGACUCGUAUUUUGACUACAAAAUGGACAUUGCCCACGUAUUUUUGUAGAGCAGUAGAUUUGCCUUUAAACAUACGAAAUACGUGUGUCGCUCUCGGUCUGAGACUGUGAAUAAAUAGUCAUAAGUAUAUGAUAAGAAUAGAUAUAGAAUAAAACUGAUAUUUACGUAGUGUGAAACAUUUGUCUUCGUAGCAUUACGUGUUGUUACGUGUUAGUACUUUAAUCACGGAACGGUUCAAAUUGCCAUUUGUUACAGAGCAACUCGUAACAAUGCAUAUGUUGUUAUCACCUUAUCUUACAUAUGUGAUACUUGAAGGUAUCUUUUUGGUAAAUAAUUGGGAAGAAAACCAUUAUUUACGCUUCAUUUCAAACUAAAGACCAAAUUUAAAUUAAGUUGUUAUUACGGUGAAAUGGCUUUCGUUAUAUUUUUGAUGUAACCAAGGUCGGAUAAUUUUACAAAUACGUUUAAAAUUUUUGUUUUUCUUAUUUGCUUUUCCUAUUUUUAUUAUUCCAGAAUAUCAUUAUGUCAGUGAAAUCCGUCCACGUUCUCAAAGUGCGCUUUCAAAACUUAACAAGGCUUCACACUACGAAAAUAAGUUAUAAAUUAUAAGACGACUCGGUGUAAUAGCAUUCCAGUCGCAAUAUAGUUCAGUGAUAUUUAUCAUUGCUUAUUUAUAUGCAUUGACUGAAUAAUUAGAUAAUAAAUAUUAUGAAGUAAGUUUUCUCAGGUUUGACUAAAAGACUACACAAAUUUAGACUUAAAAUUUUACAAACAUAUCUGUAUGUAUACCUGUUGGUCCUAUCAGAUGAAGACAAUACUCAGCGGAGUUGCUCGCGCGUCAUCGUGUUCGACGGGACAUGCGUUUGGAUCACAGAACUUUAACGAGAGAGUUCUGUUGUUUGGAUGGUGCAUGGAGUGGUGUCCACGUGUCAAACAUUGAUGCACUGCUAAAAUUAUACCGUACACAAAUACGCAUUAUAGUAUGACUGUGUCUGCGGAUACAUUUGGAAAGUAUCACAGUGGUGCAUUUAUGUUUUUGGAAUGUGUGACGAUUCUAAACUGACGGGAAUGAUAAUGACACAAAUGUCAGCGCAAACGCUGAACCAAUAUAGUGUGACUUUAGAUCUUAACUUGCAGAGUUGCAGAUUUGACACCGGUGUACCUAUUAAGAUCAUUGAGUAAACAUGGAUUGAUUGAUUGAAAUUAUAUGAAAUACGGAAAGGGAUCAUUGAUGAAUUUGCCGAAGGAAAAUGUGAAAAAAGGGCUGCAGAAUGAAAAAAAAAACAGGCAAUUGCGAGCUGCAAUAUUAAAUAUUAAGUAUUAUUAUAUAUUUGUAAAUAGAUAAAUUUAUUGAAAAUUAUAUUAAUAUAUUCUAUGUGUUAAAAAGAAAGCAAUGUUGGUACGUGUACAUAUAAAAUAUUUAUGUUUGUAGGUAGGUAUUGAUAAUGUUACUUAAUGUGAUUGUUAAAAACGAUAAUUUUUAUAGCAACACGACGUGCUAUAUUUAAUAUUAGGUAUUUACUACUAUUUAUAAUGAUUUUGAUAAAAUCGUUUCUUAUACAUUAUGCGCGGUAUGUCUAUACCUUCCCUGGAGUUACCAAGAUACAUCGAUAAAUUUUAUUUUUCUGCUAUCAAAUAUUUUUGUAUUUAGUUUGUACAGUAGGUGUAAAUUCAUCUGAAUAAUAAUUGUGCCAAUCACAAAGUUUAUAGUAUCAAUCUAACUAAUCGUAAGGUAAUCCGCAUACAAACAAAUUUAUUGAAGCGUGUUCAAUAAUCAAAUAUACUGUUGGUGCUUUUACAGUAAUAUCAUAGCAAACGCACAUUUGCGAGAAGUCUCGCUGGAUUAAAUUAACAGCUUAGAUGUCUUGAAAUAUUAAACAAUUUAAUAAUAUCAAUAUUGGAGAUAAAGGUAAAAUAGAACAUAAAUUCCUCUAUACAAAUAUAUUGUGUAGAAAACUUCAUGAAAAAUAUUAUAUUCAUCAAGCUUCAACAUUUCUUGCCAAACAAAUAAUAAUUACGGUUACAUUUUGUGUAACCUCAGAUGUGUAGCUAAUUAUUAUACAUUAAGUACCUGUUAUUUCUACCAAAUAUACCUACUUACAAUUCAUUUUGUUUGCUGUUUAAUGGUUGUGAUAAAAUCAUUGUUAUGAAAAUAUCGAAGAUUUUAUUUCACACGGUAAUCCGCGCUACAUAAACCAAAUGAUUAUGUAUGACUAGUAGGUUAAGGCGACAACUCAGCUAGCGUUUUAACAACUGCCAUAUUUUAAGGAUAUAGUUGUAACUGCGGUUAGUAAAUAUUAUCUUACAUAAUUAUAGUUUUAAUAUAAAAUUAAGUUUUUAAGUCAUGAUGUAGUAUUUAAUAAUUGUAAGUACAAUAUUUUAAUUGGAUAACUUCCAUUUUUGCUAUCUACCCUCCUUUCUAUCUUCUAUUUUUGAACCGUCACAUUUUAGUAGAAUGUUCGAUCGAAUUUAAAAACCAUUUGAAAAGUUUAAAAGAGCUGGCAACGUUUUGUUUGUGUCAUUUUACAAUUUUCUGAUACAUAGAAUGUCAGCGGGUGCUCGAGUUCGCUCAGCUUAUAAAUAAACCGAUCUCAACUAUCAUGAAGCUAUUAGAUUUAUUUUUACACAAAUAUAAAUCCUAUCCUUAUUUUUCAAAUUAGCAUAAUUAUAUUUUUUUAUUCUAAGUAAAGACAUUGUUAUUUUUAUUUACACGUAUUUAUAAUUUACGUACCUUUUAAUUUAUUUAGCCAAAUUUGCUCAAUGUUGUAUACACUCGACACCAAAGUCAUAAUAAAAAAUAAUAUUUUUAUCUAGCAGUACAAAGAAAACAUAAUAAAAUUGCAUAUACAUAUAUUAUAUAGGUAUAUUUCGUUUUGCACUUGUUGGCACGGGCGACUUGCGUUCACUUUUUAUAACAUUAUAUUAUCUAAAAAAAACCUUAUCAAAACAUUAAUUAAUCUCCACUUCUGUUUUUUAUAUUAAUCAGGGCAAAUUCCUUUUGACUUAACAUAAUAAACAUUAAAGUUUAUGUUGUAUACUUAGACACGAACGCUAGUCCAGACUAAGUCUUAUUUCAUGAAGGGCUAGAACGUUUUCGGUAAAUUUAAUUAAAAAGAGUGUAUUAUUGUAUUCAUUUAAGGCUUGAAAAGAUUAUUUUAAUUAGUUGUAGUGUCAUGAUAUUAAACCGUCUACAUAGAAAUGUUUUAUAAGAUAUUAUAAUUGUUUAAUUUUAGUGGUGAAAAGCCUCGACUUCGUACUUAGUUUAUUAAACAUUUUGUAGCGUCGCGUAGUUAUUAUUUUCUAUAACAUACUAUUUAUAUUUCAGUCAUUUUUUGAAUACCUACACAUAAUACAUAAUAUUAUAUAAAUGUUUAAAUUUAAUAUCUUGUUAUGCUAUAAUACGAUUGUAGUGCUUGUUAUGUUUAUUAUGGAAUUUCUGUUAGGUACUAUUUUUUUGCGUUUUCUACUCUUAUCUCUUAAAAAUAUUUAUUAUCUUCCUAACAAAGAAAAUUCAGAUAUUCUGCAGUUUUGUCUUAUAUUUCCUUUUAACAUAUUUUAAAUUGUCCAGGAACAACUAUGCAUGUAAAUAUGUAAAUUCAUUCAUUUAUGUUAUGAUUAAUAAGUCUUCUAACUUUCCGAGAUGAAAAUAUUGCCUACUUGUUUCACAGUGUUAAUAUAGGUACAAUGCAAUUUGAAUAUCGAUUAAAUUAAAUUAAAAAACUGUCAUCUUGUAUAUUUCAUAUCUAUAAAUAUAUUAUGGUAAAAAUUUAAAAAUGUACGUAAUAAAGAUUUGCUUUAUUUUUACGGUUCAUAGAAAUUUAAAAUAGUUCUUAAUAUUACUUAUACUGUAUUAAUAUGAAUAUUCCUAAGUUAUAUUAUGUACCUAAUGAACAUUUGAAUUUUCUUUAAUUGGAUAUACAUACUGUAUAAUUGCUGUAUAACUGUAAUUAGUGACUUUUACUUGUUUAUGAACAAAAAUUCCAAAUGUGUAUAGUGGGCAAUAGAUUUAUUUUGAAAAUAUGUCUCCUGUUUGUAAGUAAAGUUUAGGGGUUUUAUCAUAUUCGUGGACAUAUAUAUAUAUAUAUAUAUAAGGACCGUUCGCAUAUCUACACAGCUUAGAGAAUAAAGAUGAACUUGCUAAUGUACUAUGCGCUACAAUGCUGAUAUACAAUAAUACACUGUGUGAUUUUACAUAUGUACAUGGAUAUUAUGUUUAGUAUUAAUAUUUUUGUUUAAUUAGACAAUACUCUGUUGCUAUUUUUAUUUUUAUAUCGCAAUGAAUUCAUCUUUCUUUUCUUUAUUUAAUCUUUUUUAGUUAAUCUUUUACGAAAUUGUUUUCACUUUGGCAUGUUUGCCGAUGAUACGAUAAAUGGAGCAUUUUAUGAUGAAGAUUGUAACUGAGCACACUACGUACCUAUACAUCCAGGCAUGCUAAUCGAACACAAUUUAGUGUUAUAACUUAUGUAGUACAAUAGAUAAUAAUAAACGAAGGAAAUUUAUUUUGUUGCAAUUGGAUUUUUGACUCGCAUGAAAUGCUUCAUAUAGGUAUUAUAAUAUUUUAACGAUGGUUACCAAUAGAUUUAAGAUAAAAAUUGUUUGAUCAAUGAUGAAGAAUAUUAUUAUAUUAAUUUUCGCUCGGUUAAGUAGGCAUAUUUCCAUAAUAAUUAUUGUCAAUAUCACAGCAGUUUUUACCGACACUGUCAGCACAACUAAACAUACAAAUAAACAGCAACAUUUUGCCACUUUUUUAUCUCAUAUAAAAUGAUAUAAAGCCAUGCAGUAAAUAAUAUGUCAAAAUACAUUGAUAUAAACAAGGGAAGGUAGAAACUAGCUGGCAGUUCUAUCUACUGUGAUAUUAAUAAUCUAUUUAUUAAUCUUCUAGAUUAUCUAUUAUUUAUAACUUUACAAUGUUGAAUAUGAUCGUGUGUUAUAUUUUACAGAAUGAAUAUUAGUAUUAGGUAUCUAAUGUUAUAUCGUACCUAUUGCGAAGGUCCAUAAUGUGUUCCAAAAUAAUUGAUUUUAUAAAAGAUAAGAUAUAAAUGUAAUGUUUUGUUAAUAAUUCGUACCUAAAUUGUUUAUAAAAUGGUAAAGAGAGAAUGUACAUACACAUUAUAUGUAUAAUAAUUGUUGUCAUCUGCAGUCUUUGAAAAAAAACAAUAGACUUUCGUUAUUGAAAACUAUAGAAUAACAAGCUCUCUAUAAUGUAUUAUUUAUUAUAUAAUAUUAUUGUGUAUAGUUUCUGCAUUUGAUCCAAUUCUCUGUGAAACAUUGUGUCCACUCAUAACUUAUCAUUGUUUCACAAUUGCUAUGAGAAUUCGUAAAUAUAUAAAUUAAUAUUAUUUUUUAAAAAGAAAACUGUAUGUAGACUUUUGUCUGGUUUAUUAUACCUCAAUAAGUUUAGAAUGAAUGUAUGUCUUGAGAAAUAUAUAAAGAUUCAAUUAUUGGUA